CUGAAAUUACGAUGCAUUUGCGCAAGUGGUGCGCGAGUACGUCGCCGCAUAAACUUUAUGCUCCUUCCCGAUUUGCUACAUUGUGCAACACUUCUUAUUUUUACAUUCCUGAGACCCUGCGGCUGAAUAUCCGCUGAUACCACAAAACACGUGGCCCGGACGUAAAGUAACAACGUGUCCGUUGCGGCUUCCGUUGUGUCGUAUAAAAAGCUGUUAUCGCGGUGGAAUGCAAGAGGAACCCAGGUGAUUUUCCUCAAUUUUAAUUUAAAUUUUAGUCAUUUAAGUUUAAGUUAAAUUAUUUUGCAAUUCUAUAAUCUUGCGAAGUUUUCCGGAGUGUGACGCGCGUUCGCUUUUGCAGCUUCGAAAUGUGCAAGACGCAUUUAUCUCUAUGUCCUUGAUGCUUCGUCAAGUAUUCUGUGGCUCUGGGAAACCCGCGGUCCAGACGCACCCGGAUCCCGCACGUCGAUUUUCAGUGGAUGCCGCUCGUUUCCUCGUAAAUUGCCGACAUGACAAUUUCGCGCCAUUAUGCGCAAUUAUCGUGUUAAGCGGGGGACAGGAUCCGUCCCACUAAAAAUAAUUAACCGUGAUUGUCGGAUUGAUUGUGCCGCGCGACGAAGAAACGCACGGGGAUCACGGCUGCGGGGGAGUCACGUCUCGUCGGAAGCUCGAGGAGGCUCUUUGUGCUGCACCGCUGCGCGGUGCGAAAGACACGAAUCGACCACGUCAAUGAAAUCAAGAUAAACGUACAUGUACGCUGGCGGAUAUUCCGGCAGCUGCUGCAAGUACUUCAUCGUACGCCGUCGUACGCGGUGCCGGCUCUGGAUUUAGCAGUAACAGUCGUUCCUUGUACGUCGCUACCGCCUCCGACGAGUAGAUCAUUGACGAGGAAGUAGGAGCAGCAGAAAUAGGUGCACGACCGACGAGAGCACGCCACUUUUGUCAGCGGGUGGUCAAGGCAACAUGACCGAAGAGAAGAUUGGUAUCUCGCAGCAGACAUUGGUCUCCAGCAAUGGCCAGUUUGGUAAAGCGAGGAGGUUGCCACAAUAUCUGGCUGGCAUAGCUGCAACGCUAGGUGCGGUCGCUGCUGGUAUGGUGCUCGGUUGGUCGUCGCCCGCUGGGGAAAACGGCGUGAAUUUGAUCAGAAAUUAUGGCAUACCUAUCAGCGCAGAGGAGUUCUCUUGGGUAGGAUCGCUCGCCACUCUCGGAGCAGGUGCGAUAUGCAUCCCGAUCGGCGUGCUGGCAGACCUCAUCGGUAGGAAGACUUCCAUGCUGCUCAUGGUGGUUCCCUUUACCGUCGGCUGGCUGCUCAUCAUCUUCUCCAACUCAGUGGCCAUGUUCUAUGCUGGCAGAUUCAUCCUGGGUAUCAGUAGCGGCGCUUUCUGUGUGGCCGCGCCUCUCUACACGGCGGAGAUAUCAGAGAGCGAAAUUCGUGGCACGCUCGGUUCUUACUUCCAGCUGAUGCUCACGAUAGGUAUCCUGGCGGCGUACCUCCUCGGCAACUUCCUCGACAACAUGAUGCACCUGUCGAUCAUCUCGGCGAUCGUGCCGCUGAUCUUCUUCGCGGUGUUCUUCUUCAUGCCGGAAACGCCGGUGUAUUACUUGAAGAAAGGGAACGAAGACGGCGCCAGGAAGAGCUUGAUCAGGCUUCGGGGUGAUCAGUACAACAUCGAAGGCGAAUUGCAGGCACAUCGUCAAGCGCUCGAGGAGAGCAGUCGAAGUAAUAUAUCCCUCAAGGCCGCCAUCCGGUCCCGUGCUGUACAGAAGGGCUUCGUCAUCGCUUAUGGACUGAUGCUCUUCCAACAAAUGAGCGGCGUGAACUCCAUUAUCUUCUACGCCUCGGACAUCUUCACUAAGGCAGGCAGUUCCAUAGAGGCCAACGAGGCUGCCAUUAUUGUCGGAGCGGUACAAGUGGUGUCAGUCUUUUUCGGCACUCUCGUCAUCGAUCGGCUGGGCAGAAGAAUACUCUUACUCGCGUCCAUCGUAGUUAUGUUCCUGAUGACUCUGCUCCUCGGAGUUUACUUCUAUUGCUCUAAAUACACCCACGCCUUCGACGAUCUCAAAUGGUUCGCGCUUAUUCCGCUGUGUAUCUUCCUCAUUCUGUUCUCCUUCGGUUUUGGACCAAUCCCGUGGAUGAUGAUGCCGGAGCUCUUCGCACCGGAAGUGAAAGGAGUCGCCGGUAGCAGCGCCUGCCUCUUCAACUGGCUCAUGGCCUUCGUGGUCACGAAAUUUUACUCAAACAUGACCGAGGCUGUGGACUCGUACGGCACCUUUUGGAUAUUUUCCGGAUUUUGUGCCGUUGGCAUAGUGUUUGUUCAUUUCCUGGUUCCUGAGACCAAGGGUAAGACGUUGGACCAGAUACAAAGAGAGUUAAAUCGUGGCUAAUAUUCCUAAGUCAGAAUGUUCCUUUGAAUGGAGAGAAAAAAAAACAAACUGUACAUAUAGAAUAAGUUGCGGUACUUGAACAAGAUAUUUGAAAUUGUAAAUCUUUUAAUAUAAAUUGAUAUACAAUGAAAGAAAUUAUAUAUCAAUUAUAUACUCUCUAGUUCCAUGCCCCGCAGCAUACAUACUUUUACAAUUCCGAUAUCCGUAUACACGUUAUCACUAUGGCACUAUUUUGACCCUCCUUUAGAAAAUUGAGUCGGUCUGUGACGAUGAGAAUGAAAAAAAAAUAUAUUAAUUUUUCUCUCCAUUGUCGGGUAUUAGUCACAUCUUGUUGAGGCAUAAAUAUUUAAGAAGCAUGAUCGGGAUUGCGAAAUUGAAUGUAAAAUACGAUUCUGGAACACGAACAUUAUACAAAUAUUGCUGAUUGGUCCGCUGUUCGAGGGUUAAAGGAAAACUAUCGUAUCUUGAUGAUACUGAUGAUUUUAUUGUAUAAUAAGACUGAUUUUUUUGUAAACUUGUAUAAAGCUUACUACUUACACUAUGUUGAUUAUUAGUUAAGUUAGGACUGUAUCACAUCAUGCUAUAUCAUCAUACAAAUUAAAUCAUAUGUACAAAUUAAACUUAUCAAAGAUCCUUCAGCUCUAUUUGAUAAUGUACUCAAUUGUUGUAUAAAAUAAUUUUUAUUAAUUAUUAUUUCGUACAUUAUUAAAUUAUUACUGAAUUAUUGCAAAGUUAUUAUUUUUCAGUGAAAUAAUAUUUUAUAGUACGUAAAAAUUAAAAUUGUAUUUCAAUGUUUAUUAAUAAUGUUACAUACGAUUUCGUUUCGAUUGUUACGUACGAUUGGUUUCGCGUCAUUCAAUGGUCUCAUCAAUUCAUAAAAUCUUGUAUGGAAAUACUGUUUCACCUAAUGACUAGCCCAAAUCUUGAUUUUUGUUCUAUAAUUAUAAAUAAUGAUGUUAGAGCUUAAAAUUAAAAAUUAAAAUCUAAAGUUGAUGUAAUAUAUAGAAUUACUUACUUUUAGUGGCUGUUAAAGUAGGUUACAGUGUUUCAGAUACAGGGAUUGUAAUCAGAAUUGAUAUUUUUAAGAGUAUGUUGGUUGAAUCAUCCUCUGAACAAUUUGUUAAUAUAGUAUAGUUUCUGUAUUGAGCGUUGUACAAAUGUACAAAUAUGUAAAAAUGUUUAAUAUAUAUCUACUUGCUCGCUGCAAAUAAAUUAUUGUUAAACAUC